CAAAAAGAAACAAAUCGCUAAACCCACCCUCCUUGUCGUUGAGGUUUCCGUCUUUUUGGCGUGGGUGGGUCCUUUCGCUUUAAGUGAACGUGGGGCAACCUGUCACAGAGCCCGUUUCGCGAAAAUAACCCCCUCCUCCAGCCCACCCGCCCGCGUCCACAGCGGCGUCAUUCUCCAAUUUGCCGCUUUCCGCGCAAGUGGACGACUGCCGGCCGUUUCAGCGGCACUCCGACACCCAGCAACUGCUCGCACGCCAUGGGCCACAGCAACUCAAUGAGCCCUGCUAAGAGCGGCAGCGGCGGGGUCCCCUCCCCCAUUACGCCGCCGCAGCGCGACGCCAACCUCGAUGGAUCGGACCUCGCGGCGUUGGAGAAGCCCGUUCACCACGACAACCCUGUCGAACCAGUGCGCGUGAAGCUGCAGGACCCGGUCGGAUACCCGUCGGACUCGCUCUGGUCCUCGGAAGGGCUCAAAUCGCGCUCCUCACUACUCUUCUCCGCCUCUCAGGCGCUGAGCGAGCGACCGGCCAGCUUUGCGCUGCGUGCCCCGCGUCUGCAAUCCAAGACGGACUCGCGCUCCGUGCCCAGCGCUCAGACCACGCCGCCCAGCGAGUCGGAUGAAGGCGAGGCGGCGGUGGACAACCAGACGGAAGACGAAGGCCAACACGAUGCCCCAUCUGAGAACGCCGGAAAGCUGCCGGCAUCAUGGGGAACGACAACACAGAAACAGUCGAGCAAGGUACCUGUUUCUUUCCUAUGGGAUUCCAGCGAGCCAAUGACUCUGACACAAUGGGUUGACUUGUUUGCUUGUGCAGGAGAAUCAAUCGACGGACAACCAAGAGCCUGAGUCGCAUGCGCUGCCACUCAAUCUCCUCCAGGAUCACGAACAUGCUCCUCUGUCUCGAAGCGCUGAGCCCCGCGGGGUGGAUAUCUGGACGAACCCUCACAACGACUUCGAAGAUGGUGACUUCACGUCGUCGGUGAGCCCCACCACGUCGCCUGUCAAGCAAAGUUUUCCACGCUCGAGUGCACCCACCUCCAGGCCCAUCCCGAACGGAUCGUCUCGUGGCGACAGCAAGACUGUCGGAUGUCGAGUUCCUCCUGGAAUGUCCUUGAUCGACCGAAUUCAAGAGGACUUCCCCCGUACGCCUUCACCAGAGUACGGACCGUUUGAGGGCGAUCGUUUGCCUGCUCGCAGGCCUUCAUUUGGUGGAAGAGAUCAGCAGAUGCACUCGGUGUUCGGCAUCGACGAAGGAAUGGGGCAGCUCAGACUCGGCAAUUAUCACUCAGCUACGCCCUACGAACCUGCCUGUCGUUCUGGCCACGACUUCGAAGGUUUACCUCGGAUGCCGCAGCACACUAAUGGUGCCAGACUUUCUGGAAUGAAUGGCCACCGACACACAUUCGGCAGGAGCACCAGCGAGCCUCCUUUUGGUGGCACUUACCAUGGAGCUAUGGCACAAGGCUAUAUGUCACCGUACGCCAUGACUGCCCAAGGUGUUCAGGGCUUCCCUGUAAUGAUGGGUGCCGGCAAGUCGCGGUGGGCCGCAAACGAAGACGCCUACUCGUUCACAGCCUCGCCUUUCGGGUUUGCGCCAGCGGACUUCGCAACUUUGCAUCCUAGUCACAACCCAGCCAUGUCAGGUUUCCCUCUUGGCUAUGCUGGCGAAUACCGCGGUAUGAAACCCGUUGACAAGAUGUUCAAAGCUCGGCCGUCGUACCCCGUGGUUGACCACCUACAGUACGAGCGUCAUGACUUCGGAGGCUACGCGCCUCGUCCGCAGAUGCUGCACAGGCCUAAGGUCGGAGGAUCUCGACGAAGCGAAUUCGAGUACUUUCACCCGAUCGCUCAUUCGUACUCAUCCAACAGUCUUCUGGAGGAAUUUAACUCGGCGCCCAAGUCGGAGAAAUGGGGAUUGUCCACCAUCAAAGGGCACCUCUUCAUCUUCGCGAAAGAUCAGACAGGAUCGCGAUUUAUCCAGCAGAAGCUGGAGAAGGCAGACGAACGCACUAAGGCCGACGCGUUCAACGAGAUCUUCCCAAACUCGCUUUUGUUGAUGACGGACGUGUUUGGCAACUAUGUGAUCCAGAAAUUUCUCGAGUAUGGAUCACUGGAACAGCAGCAGAUGCUGGUGGAGCUGAUGACGAGCAACAUGAUCAGUCUGGCACUGCAAGUGUACGGGUGCCGCGUGAUUCAGCGUGCUCUGGAAGUGACUCAAGUCGAAGAGCAACUCGCGCUGAUCCGGCAGCUAAAGGGCCACGUGAUGAAGUGUGUCACUGACCAGAACGGCAAUCACGUGCUGCAGAAGUGCAUUGAGGCGGCAUCCUGGAAGAGAGCGGUCGAAUGCAACGGGUUGGGACCCCAGCGUUUCGUGACGGGGGAGGAUAUCCAGUUCAUUAUCGACAGCUUCGUCGGCCAGGCCGCGUCUCUCUCCACGCAUUCGUACGGAUGCCGUGUGAUUCAGCGCGUGUUGGAGCAUUGUGCGCCGAACCAAAUUCGCCCGCUGCUGAAUGAGAUCAUUUACAAGUGUCGCGAGCUUGUGAAAGACCAGUUUGGGAACUACGUCGUGCAGCACGUUAUCAGCCACGGCGAGCCGGACCAGCGCAACAUUGUCAUGCAAGCAGUACUUCCUGAGAUCGCUCGCUGGAGCCAGCACAAGUACGCGAGCAACGUCGUGGAAUCCUGCUUGGAACAUGCGACGAAGGAGGAGAUCAGCCAGAUUGUCGACUUCAUCCUUCAGUGUGACGAAAGUGGCGCGUCCUGUGCACUUCUUCCCAUGAUGAAACACAUGUAUGGCAACUACGUGGUGCAGAAAUUGCUGGAGCGUGCGGAUGACCACGACCGCCAUCGCAUUGUAUGUAUUAUUCGACACAACGAGGACUAUUUGAAGCGCUUCACGUUCGGGAAGCACGUUUUGAGCCGGCUGGAGCGCGAGGAGCAGGUGAACUACUAUUGAGCAGACAGCUCUGGAGACCACCCCGCUACCGCACUAGCGGCUUUGAAGCAGGCGAGGCACCAACACAGCAGCCUUCAACAUGCUUCUGCGCUUCCUGCCCGCCUACACUACCUAUAUAAAUAUUUUGCGGCGCAACGACAAGCUGAUCGUUCUCCACGCGCCUUGAGUUCAAGACAAGCUGCAACCACAAGCAGCAUUAUGACCGAAACCAAGUUUGAGCGUACGAUACACGGGCCACCAUACCAAAAACUAAUAAACAGGUUCAAUAAAUUGGUUCCAUUUUGAAUCGAAGGCUUUUCACCUUAGCAUGGAUUUACACAGCAAGGCCUU